AUGGGCUAUUAUCCUUACUGGGUGGGCUCGACAUUCCCGCCUGAGCAAAUCGAUUUCACCAAAUAUGAUUGGGUCGAUUUCGCUUUCGCCUCCCUCAACCAGACGUUUCAGCUAUCCUUCGAGGAUCCAUCGUGUCCUGAUCUCUUGCGGCGAACUGUUGCCGCUGCGCACGCUAAAGGUAAAUAUGUCAAAGCGAGUAUCGGCGGCUGGGGUGGUAGUCAAUACUUUUCCUCUGCAGUGUCCACGGACAGUAAUCGGCGAACCUUUGUCCAAGAAGUGAUUCGAAUGAUUCAGACAUAUAAUCUGGACGGGGUUGACUUUGAUUGGGAAUAUCCCGGCCACGAAGGACUUCCAGGAAAUCAAGUGGACCCCGCAGACAGUUCCAACUAUCUCUUAUUCCUUCAACUUCUUCGGUCCAGUCUACCUCGUAUAAAGAAAAUCACUGCUGCGACCUCGCAAACUCCCUUCACGGACAGCAACGGACAGCCGAUGAAAGAUGUUUCAGCCUUUGCUCCAGUGUUGGACUGGAUUAUGAUCAUGAACUAUGAUGUCUGGCAAUCUUCUUCGACCCCUGGCCCAAACGCACCUUUGUAUGACGGUUGUCAUAAUUCCACUCAACCCCAGGCAAGCGCCGCCAGCGCUGUGAAACAGUGGGGUCAAGCGGGUUUCCCUCUGAAUAAGCAAGUUCUCGGUGUACCUUACUAUGGCUACCUUUCCAACUCUAACGCUACAAGACUUCGAACGCGUGCUUCAAGUCCCUCCGUUCGACUCACCGCUGAUGAAGGCGCUGAUCAAGGCUCUGUAACGUUUCGCAAUCUCGUCAAACAAGGUGCUCUUGUUGCUAGUCCUUCCAGCGACGGUCGGAGACGAACCUUCACUGCCUCGAGUGGAUUCAAUCGCUACUGGGAUGAAUGCUCUGCCACGCCCUUCUUACGAUCUCAAACCUCAAGACAGCUUGUCUCUUACGAUGAUCCUGAAUCGUUGCAUAUGAAAGGACAGUUUGUGAAGAAGAUGGGUAUGUUGGGGACCAACACUUGGGAUAUGAGCGGUGAUACACCUCAAAAUGAUCUUGUCGUAGCCCUUAUGGACGGACUCUUUAGUAGUUAA